UUAUUGACUUGAAGCUUGAGCUUAGUCGGGUAUAAUUAUCUAACGAAUAUUCUAAAAAUUCAUUGUUGCACGUAUUGUUGUACUGCUGAAAAACAUAGCUAGUAUUUUCUGCAUUCAAUCGAAAUAAUGGAAUCUCUUGUGGGUUACGGGAGUGACGACGAAAAUGAUAUUGAGCGAUACGGGAGUCAUCAGGCAUCGGUGAGCGGAGCAUCCACGGGACGCCGCCGGGAUGACGACACCAACUAUGAUGAUGUGAACAUGGACCUUAGCGAGGACUCGCAGGCGGAGUCGGAGCCCGAGCUGCCGCCGGCGGAGCCCGAGCCGAAGCCCCGGGAGGAGCGGCGCGACGGUAAAUACUCCCGCCCGGACAGCCGGGACCGCCCGCGGCGCUCCCGCGAGCGGCGCGAGCGCCCCCGCGACUCCCCGCCGCGGCACGCGCGCCCCGACAAGCGGCCGGACAGGCGGCACGACCCUCAUAGGAGUGACAGGAAGGAUGACCGCGGUCGACCGGAGAGCAGCUCGCGUAGAGGUCUACUAGGGGACCGGCCUGAUGACCGCUCCAUGGAAAACAAGAUGCCUGCGCUGAUGGAUUUGAAGCCGUACGGCGCGGAGCCCCCGCCGGGCCUCGAGCGGAGGUCGCAUGACGCCAGGAACGCCGUGUCGCCCAGGUUCAGCGAGCGCGACCGACCGCGCGACAGACAGCGCGACCGCGACGGCAGGCGCGAGCGCCGCUCCGAGGACAAGUCGUCUCGUCACGAGCGCCGCUCCCGGUCCCGCUCGCGCGGCGCCGCGUUCCCGCCGCCGCAUCACGUUAACACAUCCGGCGAGAGGCGUGGCGGCUCACCGUCAGGCGACUACAGACCUUCGUCAUACAAAGUCAACAAGAAACUGGAAGUUAUGGAGAAAAUGGGUCUACAAAUAAAGACCCCUGACGGCAUGAUGGCGACGGCGCAGCAGCUGCGCGCGGCGGCCGGCGACGCGCCCGCCUCCGCGCUGCCCUCCUACUACAACCCGGGCGCUGUCAACUCUAACAAGAUCAUGGAUCAGGUGCAAAAGCGCAAAUUGCUGUGGUCCAACAAGAACAAGUCGGAAGCUGAGGAGGCGGCGAAAUGGUCCGGCACGAGAUUCGCUCAGGACAACGACGGCAAGCAAGUCUCCAAGUUCAUGAGGCUCAUGGGCAUCAAGGAGCCGAAUGCAGUAAAGGACAAUCCUGACAAAUCAGCGGACCCUAUCAAGAAGCAGGAGGAGCUGUUCCAAGCGAUGCAGGCUCAGUACGAGGUCGCUCGAGCCACCACUCACACCAUGAGAGGAGUCGGCCUGGGCUUCCAGCGAGGACAGUUCUGAAAUUGAGACUUUACAGAAUGGAUUGUGUCAAGUGAAAUUAAUAGUGAUUCCUAAUGUGCGGUGAACGCUUUGUGCAAGAGAAAUGUGUAAUAGUAAUUUACAUUUAUUAGUGAAUUACCGUGAAGUGUAUUUUUGUACACGCCGUCAAGUUGCGGGCGAUAGCUGAUUAAAAAUUAAUUUUCACUGUACCACAUCAUUUUAAUUUUAUAGUAUAAAGAAAGACGCUCCCCUACUGGGCAGCGACUGUCUUUAUACUAUGAAGUGUGUGGUAUAUUUGUAUGUAUGGUUUAUUCUUCCUACACAACGGACUUUGAUGCAGUUAAUUUUUUAAUAGAAAGUGAUUCAACAGGUAGAAUAAUGUAUAAAUGAUACCUGUGCAAAGCCGGGGCGGCUAGUUUUGUAUAUAAAAUUUCUUGUUUGAUUAUUUCUUUGCGUGGGCCAAUGGUGUAUUGUCGGUCAAUGUCACUGUCAAAUCGUCACGGCGUUAUGAUUAGUUUUAGUGAUGCUACAAAAAUCAGUAACGUUAUAUUAUUUAAACACUUAAUAUUGUGAAUGUAAAUGUAUAACUUAAAAUGCCAUUUUGUGCUUAUGUUUAUGUUAAACACAUACAUAUUGUAUAUCUUAUUGGCACAUAAGAUAAUAUGUUUCACAAGUAACUAAAAAUCGAAAGCUGCCCCUUUACUAUGGCACUUUUGACACCGUUUUUAUCGUGCAAAAAGCUUUCGCUGAAAACGCGGGAAAAUCGCGGGAAAACGGGCUAUGAUAACGGGGCUGGUCCACAUUAAAAAGUGUCACAGACGCAUUCUUUGCAGGCCAUCUGUGUCACAGAGACGGUGUCGCCAGUUUCGUUUCGAGAUAAAUAAAUGUACUAAUAUUUAAAAUGUGAAAUUGUCCGUCUUUCACACUAAAACCAUAGAGAACUGAUUUCCAUGAUUUUUUAAAAUAUAUGUAGGAGUACGGGCGGAUAGGCGAAUAGGGUAAUUUUCACGCGAGCGGAACCGCGGGCGCGAUUUAAAUAAAACAUCUUUGUAAGGUAAUGGCAACAUUAAAUUCUGUGGCGCAGGUGCACUACGUUAAGGUGUCCCUAGAAACCUACUAAAAAGCUGUGUGAUAUAAUUUAGAAUUCUAAUAAAUGAUUUAAAAAUGAUGAAUUGAUGUGAACGUGAUCGAGAUCUUCCCUAUGGAGUUGAUUAAUCCAAAGACGUCUAUAAUAUAUUAGUACAAAUUAACCUAAAACUUACAUUGGUAAAGUUCUGUUUAUUAAAAUUAUUGGCAGUAUAUGUGGAUGUCUUUGUUGAUUUGAUCCAGGUGUACCUUUAGUUUUGUAGUUGUCUAGGACUGCAACUGUUAUCAUUUUUAUUGUAAUUUAUAUAACGAAAUAAAUAUUGUAAAUAUA